UGAAAACAUUGGAUAGACGAGUCUUUAGUUAAAGCUUUAUUUAGAAUCUCAUGAUUCAUUAUGGUGAAGUGCUGAACUAGACACUACAAGUUGACUUUUCUCCGCUCCAUCGUUGGAGAGCAUGAUGGUCCCUCCCUCCCAUUUACGAGAUCCUUUGUGAAAAUUUUGUUGGGACUUUUUCCUCCCAUUCCCUUAAACGUCAAGUGUAAUCCCUACCGAGGACUUCGUCUCUGUGCUCUCUCUGUCUUGAAGGUGGAGCAGAUAUGAGAAGAAACGGACUAUCACCCAACAAGAAGAACUUUGAGAUGAAGUAAAUUUAGAUCUCUCUAAACACGGGUUCAUUUUUAAUAACACACCCCUUUGAGGAUUAAACAAAUCCAUAAAUCGAAUGAUAGCAGGGGUUUCUCUGCAAUGGGCCCGGUACCCUUAAAACUCCUGCUUUCCAUCUUGGCACUGGCUGCGCUCGUGGCCGCAGCAGUGGACGAUGCCACGGGUGACGAUGAGUGGCCGCAAAAGAAGGUACCACUGCUACAAGAAAAGCGCACGGUGCGUCUGGACAGCUCGGGGUUUUCGGCUAAACCAAAGGGCGAGCUCCACGGCAUAUGUGGCAUUGAGUGCCAGCGGGGUCUCCCGGAGCCCAGCCUGCACGAUCUGGAAAAGCUGCUCUCCUAUGAAACGAUGUACGACAACGGAACGCGAACGCUCACCACCGUCACUGUACGGGAGCUGAACGCGAGCGAAGACUGGGCGCAAAGCUUUCCAUCGCGCGCCCGGCGCAGACGAGAGGUGUACGGCACUGACACGCGCUUUACCAUCGCCGACAAGCAGUACUCCCUGAAGUAUCCCUUCUCCACAUCGGUCAAGAUCUCCACGGGAUGCUCUGGAGUGCUGGUGUCCCCUAAACACGUGCUGACGGCCGCGCACUGCAUCCACAAUGGCACGGAUUACCUGGACGGAGUGCAGAAACUCAACGUCGGUGUGCUUAAAGAUCGAUCUCGACGUAGGAAAGGAAGGAAAGGGAAAGGUAGGAAAGGAAAAGGGCAGAGAAAGAAUAAAGAAGAGGAAAUGGAAGAAAAUGAAGAAGUUACGGAGAAGCAAGAACGUAAGGGCAAAGGCAAAGGAAGGAGGAACCGUAGCAGGCGAAGCGCAGUUUCCGAGCCUCCAUCGUUCCGCUGGACGCGCGUGAAACAGAUGCAGAUUCCCAAGGGUUGGUUUAAAGGCAUUUCUGAAAGCGUCGUGGCCGAUUACGAUUACGCCAUUCUGGAGCUUAAAAGGGCCCAGAAGACCAAAUACAUGGAUCUAGGAAUCAUACCCUCCAUUAAAAAGCUACCAGCUGGACGCAUCCACUUCUCAGGUUUCGACGAUGACCGACCGGACAACCUGGUGUACCGCUUUUGCUCCGUAUCGGACGAGUCCAACGACUUGCUCUAUCAGUAUUGUGAUGCCAAACCCGGAUCCAGCGGUUCGGGUGUCUACAUUCGCCUCAGAGAACCCGGAGAGAAGAAGUGGAAGAGGAAGAUCAUCGGGGUUUUCUCGGGUCACCAGUGGGUGGAUGUGAACGGUGUGCAUCAGGAUUACAAUGUGGCGGUGCGCAUCACGCCGCUGAAAUACGCACAGAUCUGCCAUUGGGUUCAUGGUGACUCCAGCAAGUGUCAGGGAACCUAAAAACUCCAACAGUCACCUCCCAUCAAUUCUAGCACCUCCCAUUUGUGCACUUCACAAAGUACACAAACGGAUGCAUUCAUCAGUGAAGUAUUCUAAGUAAGGCUCUUUUGAUACCUUAAUUUAUUUUAUGAGACACUUUUUGUUUGAAUCAAUUAGAUCAAAUGGAUUUCAGUCUGUCUUAAUGAGAAUGAUCUCUUUAUUAUUUUAAAUCAGAAAGUGUUGUUUUGCAAUGGGAGGCAUUUCUUGUCUGUAUUGACAUAGAUGCAUAGAAGUUAGAUUUGACACAGAAAAAAAAAUUUUUUUUUCUGAGAGAAGCAGCUUGUUUAUUUGUGGAUUUAUCUUAGUAAUGAUACGGGCAGGUUUUUAAAAAUCUUUUUUGUUGUUGUUUCCAUCAUCAUAUAGAUGUUAUAGUUGUGUGUCUUUGAUUUCAUAAACUGUAAACUGUC